UUUCAUCCCCACUCGAUGACUCCAGUCUCACGUCACCCCACUCAAAGCGGGGGUGGAUCCUCUUCCUCUGGUCAUCUGUUCACGGCACAGGUUAUCUUCUCCGGUCGCCACAUCAACGACUCACACGACAUGACCUCCACGUCCCAGCAGGGACCCCCAGACUUGCUCACCAAGUACAACAAACUCGCAACAGAGUAUGCAAAGUUAAGGUCACAAUUUCCGGUUCUAAAGCGCGGAGUAGUUGAUGAACAAGCAAAGAGUGCCGAGUUGACGGAAAGUUUGCAAAUAAAAGACCAAUCCCUUCGAAAGUUGGAGCAAGAAGUGGACAGCUUAAAUUUUAGAAAUAAACAACUCGAAAAACGAAUUGGAGUUUUGCAAAAUGAGUUGGACGAAAUUGCAGCAAAGAGUCACAAAGGGAAAAGGUCAGGGAAGGAUACAAGUGCACAAGAAACCCCAUCCAGUUCAUCCACAACAUUGGACUACGAACUCAUCUCAAAAAUUGAAGAAAACAUGAAAUUACAAAAACAGCUUUCCGAUGUUCAACAAUCUAGUAAUUUCGAAAUUGAGACGCUGAGAUCCCAAUUGGAGUCCCUGCAUAAUGAGGAGACUCACAAGGAGUUAAUGCUUAGCGAACUGACAUCAUUGAAGUCUGACAAUCACAGCCUAACAUUUGCCCUGCAAAAUAGUUUGGACGAAAUUGAAGCAUAUAGAGAACAGGUGAAACAAAUGAAGGAGAAGAUAGCGUCCCCUGUCCAUAUACCCAAUAGUAAUACCACGUCGGCAAAUUCGGAGCAGAAAAAGUUAAUUUCAGCCGACAAAUCUGCAUCGAGUGACUCUGGGAUGCAAGGAAUUGAUCUGGAAGCAGAACCUCCAGAUUUGUUGGAAAAAUUGAAAACUGCAAUGCAACAAAAAGAAUUUUGGGCGUUAGAAUACCAAUUGUUGAAAAUGAAAUAUGAAAGAAUUUCAAGGAAAUGGGAGGAAUGUAAAGAUAUCCUCAAAACUUUAGGACGAGAAGAUCUUUUGUUAAAUUCCUCUGAAGUCACAAGUCCCACAAUAGAGCCCAGUAACUUGAUGGGAAAGUUAGAAAUUGUGAAUCUGGAAGGCAGCGAUGUCGAUAUCAAUGGGAGAUCAUACGAAAAAGAGGUCAAAGAACACAUGUUGAAGAAAAUUAAUGAAUUGGUCUCCCUUUUGCAAUACGCUGAUUCCCAAGCGGUCCAUUUCCACAAUGAGGGAAAGGCAAUGCGAUCUCUGCUUACUAUAUCAUGUGAGAAGACACACGACCUACAGCAAAAGUUAAGGGCAUCCAAUUCUAAGGAGUUGGAACUUAAAGAAGAGUUGGAUUUAACUAAAGAAAACUACGAAACUCAAUUAACGCAGUUGAGCGAACAUUUGGCUAUUAUGAAUGAGAAAAUAGCAGAAAAGCAAGAACUCAUUAAUGAACUUCAGUUAAAAAUAAAAGGGAAGAAAUGACAAAAUAAUUUUAGCUUGCAUAAUUAGGCAAUCUGUGAUGAUACAAAUAUUCGUAUACAAUAACAUGCAUUUAUCCCAAAA